AUGACUGGUGAACGAUCAGGAGUGAGAGUUUUCAAUCAAACAAUUAUACUACAAGUGAAAUCAGCGACUAAUGUCUCGUUAGAUUGGAAGAAUAUUGACAAGAUUACAUUCACAACAUUUGGAGGCACCAAUGCGAUGAUCAAUGGGGGAGAUGGUACACAUUUUGCAAUGGAUAAUUUAUGUAUAACCACAGAUCCACAAGAGCAGCAAGAACUACUAUAUAAAUGUGAUUAUUGGGGUGAUCCACAAUUGAUUCAAUUUCCAAAAGCUGUCGGCAGCAUAGCUUCGAGUACAUGGUGUCAAAUCACCGGUUCUUCCAUACUUUAUCAAAGUUCAUAUGUUUUGCUCAACGUGGUGAAUUCUGGUUCACAGCGUGGAGAUAUUGUCACUAGUUUUGAAAUGACACUUUAUAAUGCCGAUAAAAUCCAGCUUUGCACUUUGACGCCAAGUGAUGUGAUAGGAACUCCCCAGUCGUGUGGACCAGACGUAUCGAUUUCGAAAAUGGGUUCCAACUUGAAUGUUGCGUACAGAAAGGCUCCAUUUGCUGCUUGGAUUCGAUACAGUUCUUGGGGUGGUGGACAUUAUAAAUUCACUCUGUUUGCUACAUUGACACAUAUCAAUCAAAAUAGUUCGACGGGCAUAUGUAUCAACGGAUGUACGGGUAGACGAAAUGCACCUCAGUUAAUAAUAACAAAUUCUACAACUCAUAAAGAAGUUGUAAUAAGUGAAAUGGCAGAUACUGUUUGUGAUACUUUCAUUAACCAAGCAACACAACAAUUGCCACAAAAUAAUCUUUCCGUAGAAACAACACCAGGAUAUCUUGCUGCUGUAAAACAGGCUUGUAUCAUUGAUGUCACCGUCACAGGAAGUACUCAAUUCGCAGAACAAUCUGUUAGUAAUGUCAUUACGGAUGUUUUGACUCAUUCAGGUGAGAUCGAUAUUGAUCAGAUAAAUAAUGUUAUACAAAACAUAACACAAAUUGCACAACAAACAAAUAAUGAAGCUGAAAUCCUAGUAGAAACAAUGGUUGAAGAAAGUACACUACCAUGCCGACCAGGUGUCAUUGGUUGUAACGGAUGUUCAAAACGAAAUGGAUAUUUCACUGUUUCAAUCAUAUCUCUUUUAGCAUUUGUUUGUUCAAAUUUUAUUCUUUUACCAUAA